CUCACGAUUGGACAUAAAGAAUGAAAUUAUUGAUUUAAAAACUAAGAGAGAUUAGUUAGAAGAAUAAAUUUCUCCUUUUAUCAAUAAGAAUGACACAUAGUUAUCUUUGACCUGUCUUAUCCACACCAAAAUGUUGCAACAUUUAUUAGAGAUGGAAUGUAGCCCCAAACUAAAAAGAUAAAAAGAGGUCCAUAGAUAGAGAUGUCCAAAAAAGUGAGCGAACUAGAAAAAGAUACACGAUAGCUUAAACGAUUGGCUUAAAUUAAACAACAAACCACAAGUCUCAAUCACCUGAGAGUAACCAAACUAGAUAUUUCUUGCAUGCUUGCCUUACUAUAUAGUGAAGUAUCUAUAUUAAUAAAAGAAGCCCACUUCUUUAGACAAGUUUCAAAUAAAUUAAUAAAACUCUUAUUUCUUAUCCCCAUCAAUAAAGUUAUGGAAGUAGCAGAAGAUAGUAGUCCAGUUGAGUGUUCAAAGAAGAAGAGUCAUGAAGAUGGUAAAAGGUUUAGUGAUGAACAAGUGAAGGUACUUGAGUCCAUGUUUAAACAAAAGACAACGCUUGAACCUAGCAAGAAGCUUGAACUGGCCAGAGAUCUCGGGCUGCAACCGCGGCAAGUUGCGAUUUGGUUCCAGAACAGAAGGGCAAGAUGGAAAACAAAGCAACUAGAGCAUGAAUAUAGACGACUCAAAGAUGAAUUCGACAAUUUAGCUAUUAAGUUUGAAUCGUUGAAGAAAGAAAAGGAAUCUUUGCUCAAGCAGUUACAGGAACUAAGUGAUCAGAUGGAAAACAACCAUGCUGGUUGCAGCAGAAGCCAAGAUUCAAUAGACAGUGAAAUCUAUACAAACUCAGAAAAUAUAGAAGCAGAAGUAGAUGUGAAGGACAAUAUCCCAGGUUGCAUAAAUACGAGUUUAGACCACGAGAGGAUUAAGGGAGCAGAUAGUGACAUAGAAGGAACACUAUUUGAACACUUGAGGUGGAAGGAAGAAGAAGAGUUUUGGAACAUGGAGGAAUUAGGAGACAGUUCCUUAGGAUCACCUGAGCACUGGUAUGCUGUAGGCCCAGGUGAUUCCUUCGACCUGUCAUGUGAAAAUUCUAAGUGGUGGGAAUUUUGAACUCAACAUAUACAUCAAUACUUUCAAAGGAGCAAACAAGU